AUGGAUUGGUGUGGCUGCGACAAAAUUUGCCGACCGGAUGGUUGCCCAAAUGCACUGGGUAGCAUAUUUUGUGCUCGGAAUAACUGCCUCGACGGAUCUGACUGUGGCAAUCGACUGAGAACUUACGCUGGUGGAAACAUUACGCGGUUCAUGAAUCAUUCCUGUGCGGCAAAUUGCCGAUUUUACGAGGUUCAAAACCGCCGCUUCGUCACGGUGGUUGUCGCUACGAUGGAGGAUAUUCAAGCUGGAAGCGAGGUCACUGUUGAUUAUGGCGAUGAAUUAUGGUUUAAAUGCCAGUGUGGUGCGGAUGGAUGCUGUGGUGAAUCUAUCAUUAGCAGUGACGAUUCUUCUUAA